GUAAAGGUUGUACUUUUAUUUUUGAAACGCGCCAGCGGAAGUCAACCUUUUCAUGACGCCGUAAAACAACCAGGAAGUGAAAGUUGAGAUUCUUGGCUGAAGUUGAAAAUGGCCUAUUUUUUACAAGUUGUUUAUCUAUUUUGAAGUUAAAAGUGCGCUUGUCAUUGAAUGAGGUAUGUUAACGUAGACUGAAGUUAAAAUAUCCGUAAAAACAAGGAGUGGUUGAAUGCUAGAGUUAAGUAAACCGGGAGGAAACACCCUCGGUGUCUGAAGCCUGGAAGUGUCGACAAUCUGUCAAGUAUGGAUCGGCGCACAGAUGUACAAAACACUGCAGCUGCAAAAAAUGAUGAUGAUGAGGAGAGGUAUAAGAGACCCCCCUCCAGUUAUGGUUCAAUGAAGAGCGACAGUGAAAGCUCGGAGGAGGAGGGAGAGAAGAAGGGAGAAGCUGAAAGUAAAAAGACAGUUUUUGUGCUGUCGGAUCCUCCUGCUGCUCCUGCAGUUGUUGGGUCUAGGCAGAUGUACUCGGCGUAUACAGAAACUGUUCACACUGAAGCCACACAGCAAACCAAACCUACUGGAGCUUUUGUCAUUGAUACUGGCAACGAUGAACCGGAGGAGUCGACGGAGUCAGACAUGGACGAGGAUGAUGAACGUUUGGUAACUUGUUCUCCAGAACCACCUGAGCCCCUCGAAAUGGAAGAUCCAAGGCAGGUAGAUGAGCACGGCCAGCCAGGCAGGUUUCACCCGGAGCAGGAUCUGCCUCACAUAUUCAAAAGCAUGCAGAGCACGUUAAGUCGCCUCGACGACGAGGACCUUUUCAAGUUUAAGUUGUGGUUUCACAAAUGGCAGCCAAGCAACGUCAUACAGCAGGUGAUGGAAGGAGAUCUUCUCGACUUUGUAGACAAGGCCAUUGAGAUUCACGGUGCAGAUAAAGCUCUGUUCAACACGAUAAACACUCUCCAAAGCAUGGAGAAGAAGGACAAGGCAGCAGAACUGCAAAAUCAGUGCCAGAAAGCGCUGUUGCGUUUCCACCUGAAAAGCAUUUUAUUCAGAAAACACCAAGUCAUCCACGAGGGGGUGGUUCAAGCUGGGAAGCAGAGUCUUCUAAAUAACGUCUACGUGGAGCAGCAGCUUUCCACCUGUGGAUUUGGAGGAGUCGACCCCUCUCACGAGUUCCCAACACAACCUCCGACGCCUGUCCAAGUCCCCAGUGAGGACACUUUUGUUAGUGUGAGCAAUCUGUUCCGACUGCAGAAAGAGGAUGGGUCGCCGGUGAGGACAGUGGUGACCACCGGGAUCCCAGGAGUCGGGAUGUCUGUCUCUGUGGCCAAGUUCUGCCUGGACUGGGCAGAGCAGCGUGCCAAUCGGGAUCUGCAGUACGUCAUCAAACUUUCAUUUCAAUCUUUGUGGUCCGUUUGGCGUAGAAGCAGUCCCCCUGAGAAAAUGUCCAUCUUUGGUGUGAUAGAAUAUUAUUAUUCAGACAUAAAAUACACACAGUUACUGGAGGAAGAAAACACUAAAUUUCUCAUCAUAAUGGACUCUUUUGAUUGCUACCAGGCUAAUCUGGACUGGGAGAAGACUCCUGUAUUAAAUGACAACAACACCAAAGCUCAUAUAGACGUCCUGGUUGUAAACCUCCUCAGAGGGAACCUGCUUCGUGGAGCCCGCCUGUGGAUUCUUGGGAGACGAGCUGCCGUCUCACAAAUCCCAUCUCACUUCAUCGAUGUUUGCACAGAGCUGCAGGGUUUUAGUGACGAGAUGAAAGACGAGUACCUGACCAAGCGUUUUUCCAACGCGGAGCUGGCGCAAAGCAUCGUGCGCCACUACAAGCGCGUGCCGACACUUCACAUUCUCGCUCGCCACCCGUUCGUCUGCUGGAUCGUGGCGACGAUGUUCGGCCGCAGCUUCUGCUACGAGGGUUACGGGCGGUACCCUCCCAGGCUGACCCCGUUUCUCAUCCACAUUUUGAUCGUUCAGACAAACCGCAGGCUGAAGUUCUACUACCAUCAGAUGGAUAACGACCUGAAAUGGUCCGACACCGAGAAACAGCUGCUGACAAAAAUGGGGAAGUUGGCUUUGAGGAUGCUGGAGAGGAGCACUGGUGUGUUCUUUGAGGAGGAUGUGAAGGAGCUGGACCUGGAGCUGAGGGAGGUGGUGGUGUGGUCGGGUCUGUGUACCGAGCUCCGCUCUACAGGAACUCCUGGCAAGAGGACAUUCUGCUUUUUUCACUACACCGUUCAGGAGUUCAUGGCUGCCCUGUACGUCUUCCUAAAGUUUUACUUGGAGUCUAAGAAUGUCCUGGAGUCCAGCUCCAGGUUUAACCGGUCAGCUGCAGGUCUGGUGCAGUGCGCUCUGUCUCGAACCCUCAGCUGUGCUCCGGGCCACUACGACAUGUUCCUGCGCUAUCUGUGCGGCUUGCUGUCCCCGGCCUGCCACCACAGCCUGCUCAGGGGCUUCCUGUUUCGACACAACACCCCUAAGGUGACCGGACUGGAGGAGGUGGAGCGGCUGCUGGAGCAGGCUGCCCAGAACGCUCCUGCAGGCAGGAGGCAGAGUCUGAAGGAGUGCCUCAGAGAGAUGAGCCAGAAUGACGAUUGACGAGAUCAGGUGUUAUUUAACAUGAAUAUAAAGGGAUAAAAGAGGAGCGCAGCUUGUUCUGUUUUAGUUGUUUUUAAAUUUCAGUCCCAACUUAGCAGUUAUCAAUGAUUUAAAUAAGUGUUUCUGAGAAUACUGAUAACACUGAUUGUCAUUAAGUUACAAACAUUAAAGCACUGUUUUCCUGAGA